AUGUGGAGUAGAUGGUGUAGUGCUGGUGGCGGUGUUGGAUCACUGAGGCAAAGGGUAUGUGCUACUCUUAAUGGAAUCCAUGGUAAAGGGGGAAAGCUUCAUCCUUUUGAUCCCCUUUUGUGGGGCUUGAGAGAUUUUGCAGUGGAAUGCGGUGGAAGGAGAGGAGGGGUGGCAUCUUUAUCAGUUACUGUGCUGAACCAGAUCAAGAGGGAUGUGUCUUCCUCAACUUUUGUUUCAUCGCCUGCUGGUGGCAACUCUAGUUCAUCUGGGAAUGGUAGUGUCAGCAAUAUUGCAGGGCCGGUGAAGAAUCAACGGCUGAAUCUAAAAAUAACUGGUAAAAGCCAUGUGAAGCCUAACGAGAAAAUUGGGAAGAAGGAGUAUCAACUGGUCACGUUUGAUCUACCCUACCUAUGUUUUUACUACCACCAGAAGCUACUUUUUUACAAAGGGGAUGACUUUGAGGGAAUGGUGAAGAAAUUGAAAGAUGGGCUUAGCGUGGUCUUGAAGGAUUUCCAUCAACUAGCUGGUAAGCUAGGGAAAGAUGAGGAGGGGGUGUUCAGAGUUGAAUAUGAUGAUGACAUGGCUGGUGUUGAGGUCACAGAGGCAGUUUUUGAUGAGAUUGAGGUAGCAGAUCUAAUUGUGCCAGAGACAAACAGCAUUUUGAAUGAGUUUGUGCCGCACAAUGGGAUCUUGAAUUUUGAAGGGAUGCACAGGUCCUUGCUGGCUGUUCAGUUGACCAAGAUCAAAGAUGGACUCGUAAUUGGAUGCGCGUUCAACCACGGGGUGCUUGAUGGGACCUCCACGUGGCACUUCAUGACCUCAUGGGCUGAGACAUGCCGUGGCGCUCCUUCCACGUCAGCUCCACCUUUCCUUGAACGGACCAAGGCCCGAAACACACGCGUGAAGUAUGACCUCCCUCUUCCUUCGGGCCCAACAGCCUCAAGUAACGAUGAUGCGAAACCCAAGCCUGUCUCACCACUGAGGGAAAAAAUCUUCGGAUUCUCAGACUUAGCCAUUGAGAAAAUAAAGUCAACAGUCAACAAAACCCCGCCAUCAGACGGCUCAAAACCAUUCUCCACAUUCCAGGCUCUCUCGGUUCAUAUUUGGCGUCAUGUAAGCCAUGCACGUAACCUUAAAUCUGAAGACCACACCGUAUUCAUCGUCUUUAUGAAUUGUCGGAAACGGGUUGACCCGCCGAUGCCGGAGACUUACUUCGGAAACUUGAUUCAAGCCAUAUUUCCGGUGACGGCAGCCGGGUUAUUGUGGGACCAGCCGCCACAGUUUGGUGCUUCGUUGAUUCAGAAAGCGAUUGAAGGACACAAUGCGAAAGCCAUUGAUGAACGUAACAAAAGGUUCGAAAGUGCACCAAAGAUAUUUGAAUUCAAAGAUGCAGGGGUGAAUAGUGUGUUUGUUGGAAGCUCACCAAGGUUUAAGGUUUACGAUGUGGAUUUUGGAUGGGGGAAGCCACAAAAUGUUAGGAGUGGAAGUAAUAACAAGUUUGAUGGGAGGAUUUGUUUGUAUCCAGGGAGGAAUGGUGGGAAGAGCAUUGAUGUGGAGCUAACCUUGGAAUCUGAAGCUAUGGGGAGAUUGGAGCAAAAUAAAGAAUUUCUAAUGGAGAUUUAG